AUGAACUCUGUUGAACUUGUUUGGAAAGUUGACGAUAGUCAUUUAGACGUGAACUAUAAAAGUCAUGCUAGGGCGUGUGGGGAACGCAACGAAGAAGGCCGAGUGGUUGGAGGCACAGAUACCAGCGUCAACGCUUUUCCGUGGCUCGCGAGAGUUAUCUUGCAAAAGUCAUUUGGUUGUGCCGGCUCUCUUAUCAAUGAUAGAUACGUUGUUACUGCAGCUCAUUGUAUGAAAGGAUUCAUGUGGUUUUUAUUCCGUGUGACGUUUGGGGAGCACAACCGCUGCGAUCAGUCUCAAAGGGCUAUGUCUCGCGCUGUUGUGAAGGUGAUAGCACACAACUUCACACUGACUGACCUGAGCAACGAUAUAGCAUUGUUGAAGCUUAGCAGUCCCGUUGAGUACUCAUAUACGGUACGCCCUGUGUGUCUGCCUACCAACAAAGAUAAUCUUUAUAAGGGUACAACGGCAUUGGUGGCAGGUUGGGGUGCUACAAACGAGACCGGUAAGUGGUCAUGCACAGUCUUAGAAGCAGAGUUACCUGUUUUGAGCAACGAAGCAUGCCGUAACACGAAGUACAACGCAUCAAAAAUCACGGAAGUCAUGAUGUGCGCUGGGUUUCCAGAAACGGCGCACAAGGAUGCUUGCACAGGAGACAGUGGAGGCCCGCUGAUUGCCGAGAAUGAUGAGCACAUGUUUGAUUUAAUAGGUGUAGUCUCUUGGGGGUACGGAUGUGCUAGAAAAGGGUAUCCUGGAGUGUUCACCAGAGUUACGAAAUAUUUGGACUGGAUUAAAGAUAAUACAGAAGAAGGGUGCUACUGCCAAUAUUGA